AUGCGCUCCCCGCUCCCGUUCCCCUGUGUCCCUGAUCGUCCUUACAAGAUCCUGCUCGUGCAGGCAUCAAAGCAAAAAAUUUAUCGACAAAAAAGAAAAAUGGCGGAGGCGAAGCUGGCUGCCCAGCGCGCGGCAGCAGAGGAGACGCUGCGGGCGAGGGAAGCGGAGAGACGAGCAGCAAAGGAGGCACAGCUUGCGGAGCAGCGGGCAGCGGCGGCAGAGCGCAAGGCUAUUCAGGCAGAGGCGGAGCGGCGCGAGAAGGAGGCUGCCAACAGGAGGGCGGAGGAGGAGAAGGCGAGGCGGCGCGCAAAGGCGGCGGAGGCAACUGCAGCCAAGAAGGAAGCCAAGGAGAAGAACAAGGAGGCCAAGAAGGCGCCGCUUGCCUUCAAGCUCGAGGAGGAGCGGAGGGCGAAGGCUGCGGCAGAGGUUCGCGCACAGGAGGAGAGGGCGGCGCGGCUGGCUGCUGAGCAAGAAGCUGCGAGGCGGGCGGAGCGCGAGGCGGCAGAGCUAGCGGGUGCGGCGGAGCAGGCGGCGCUGCGCGAGGCUGCGGAGCUAGCAGAGGCGCUGCGCUUGUCAGAGAUAGAUGCGGAGGAGGAGGCUCUGGCGCGUCGGGUGUCGCGGUGCGAGGAGGCGGUGAGCAGCGAGUCGACCGGCGGCGGGGACCUGAUGCGGCGUGUCGAGCAGCUGGAGGCCAGCUUGGGCGCGGCGAUCGAGGGUAACCUCGAGGAGCGGGUCGGCGCCAUCGAGCGCUUGAUCGGGCCAGAGGCAGCCGAGGCGGCGGAGCAGCAUCUGCCAGUCACUGAGCCGUUUGCAGCCGUCUCACUAGCGGACGCAGGCCUCGACACGGGGCGGCCAGCUCCCCCGACCGGUGAUGAUGUGGAUGGUCCCGCGUCCAGUGUGUACCCCGAGAAGUAA